GGUAAAUUAAUUAGACUGGGGAACAUCAAUACCCCGCGACUUAUCGACUGUUCAUAUGACGAGUUGUGUCUUGGGUUUUUAGAGUUAUUGCUUUCUGGAUGACGCGCGCUUUCUACUUAGUUUUGUUGUACGGAGCUCUUGUGUCUGCUUAAAUAAGAAUUUUGAUUUUCUUUUCCUUUUCCUUUUCCAUCAACUUUGCCACUGAUUCGUUUAAACACCUACACGUAUUUUUGUCAUUUUGUUCAAACCCCUGGUGCGCCGGUGAAAUCCUUUAAUUCACCGCCCCAUUUCCGUACCGUUAUUUAUUAUACCAGUCCUUUAUUGUUUGUCGGUUGCACCAAGCUGCUGUAACAUACCUACUCUUACAAUACACUUUUCGCAACUAUCUAUACAAAGGCUCCCCGGAAAGCCUACACGUCACACACAGUAGCAGGUUUCAAAACCAUCCUCAUGGAAUUCAAGUCGAAAACAAACCCAUCGUUUCAUCGUUCGCAUACAAGAGGAUUUAAAACUUGAUACGAGCUCUACUGCUCCUAUAUUUAUAGGCAACCAACCCACCCCCAACGACAUCACCGUAUUAGCGCAACAUUUACACCGAGCACACCGCCGAAAUGCAUGAUUUGCGCAAGAAGAUUUUUGAGAGCGGCAAGACUGUUUCUAGAAAGGCGCGCUCGCGACAACAAUCAGCUCAACCUUCUCCAGCUAGUUCGCGCGCUGCCUCACGAGCUGCGAGUCGCCAUGCGUCAGAGGAGGAAGAUUCAAGCGAUAAUGAAUACAACGAAAGCUUAGCUAGUUCUAUUAUCAACUCGGAGGAUGGGGAGGAAUUGGGCUCAACGCCGCCGGCGGAAAUCUUACACAAUCGCAUUGUGGAUUUGCUAGAUCAGAAGCGUGACGGUGGCCAAGACCGCGAGGAAAAGCUAACGGCAUAUACUGAACUAAUUCGGCAUCAUCCCAGCACCGAGGAAAUUGAUGCGCAGAUGAAUGAGCUUAUUCCUAUGCUACUAAAGACUAUACGUGGCCGCAGAACUUCCCAUGGAGUGCUAUGGGCACUGAGAGCUCUUAUGAUAACCAUCCUUACGACUGGGGACGAGAGCAUCCAUGAUCGUGUCUUCCCAACGUUGAAGAGUGUGUCUCAGGAUACAAAUUAUGACGACGAUGAUGAGUUGAUCAAAGUAGCUGCUAUUAAGGCAAUGGCCAUCUCUACAAUGUGCGGCGGAGGGUCAGCAACCGAAGCCGAAGAACUUUUAGAGUUUCUUCUUGAGAUUAUUGAAAGUGAUGGCCACAUUCUGGAAGCUGGUGACAAUGGACCAGUUGUUGCUGCAGCAUUAAAUAUGUGGGGAUUUGUUGCCAGCGGCCUUGACGACCUCGAAGAGCAGAGUACGCAGGCUCUAGAAGCCUUUACGGAACAGCUCGAAAGCAGCGACGUAGAUGUUCAAGUCGCUGCUGGGUCGAAUAUUGCUUUGCUUAUGGAGGCUGCACGUGAAUAUGAGGAAGAGAGCGGCGAGACCUGGAACUUGCGCUUUGAUCAGGAUGGACUCCUUCGGCGAUUGAAUGCCCUCACUCGAGAGUCCUCGAAGGCUAUAUCUAAGAGGGAUAGAAGGCAGCUUCACAGCAGCUUUAACAGUAUCGUAACCUCCCUUGAGCACGGAAAAGGCCCAGGAUACUCAACUGCGCGUCGCUUUGCAAGCAACCCUCACACGGGAGGCAACCGGGCAGACUUCAAUGACGACUAUCGGGAGUACGGUUACCGGCAAAAAUUCCGAAUCCAGAACAUCACCAUCACCAUCGAUAGCUGGUCUUUGUCGGCCCGGUUAGAAAUGCUCAAGUCAGUUCUUGGGGGUGGUCUCGCCAAUCAUUACCUGAAUAACUCGGUUGUAAGAGAUUUGCUGAGCGGCGCUAAGACUGAGUACCUCUCGUCACCACCGAAGGACAGGAUAUCUCCGUCCAAAUCAGCGUUGAGGUCGGGCCACGGGAAAAAAGCCGCGAAGAGUGGUUCUGAUUAAGCAUUAUAAGACAUGCGGCGGAAGGAUCAUUUCCUCCUCACUAACGUAAUUCCUUUACACCAUUCGCUUUCUUCUGUUCGAGCAUUCAAAUUUUAUGGAUAUUCUUCUAUUCGCGUUGGUUAUCAGAUACUAGUUUUACGCUUUCCAGUAAAAUACCAUCGCUAUCGCAUUUAUAGGUAUUUAUCUAGACUUUCAUCCUAUGUACAUUUUCCUAUAUUGUUUAUGUUGUUCAUAAUUAUCAUACCUAUACAUACGUAGACCUACCCGACUUCCGGGAUGCCCAAACGGGAGAACUACGUGACACGCACACGGUUGCCCGCAUGUGCCGUGUCACCAUACGUGUGAGAUGAGCCAGCCAAAGUUCAGCCUCGAGAAUGUCUCGAAGUGUAGCCCCCAAAUUGAUUGUUCUGUUACAUGCACAAUCGGAACGAGAAGCCGGUCUGACGCAGGGGCGCGGGAGUAUUUGAACGAGGCAGGCUUGCCCUUGGAAAUCCAAAAUUUAUUUCACUUUUACUUCAUAUAUAUCUUGAUCAAUAUAAUAUAAUAUUAUCUUCUACUAGAAC